AUGGUUUCCUUCUCAAAAAAUAAAGUAUUAUCCGCUGCCGUUUUUGCUUCCGUACUUUUGUUAGAUAACAACUCCCAAUUUAACAAUAACUUGUUUAGCAAAAAUGCAAAAGGACUUAAUUCAAAUAAGAGAUUAUUACAUGAAACUCAAGCACAUGUAGAUGAUAAUCAUAACGUUCAUGAACAUGAUCCUCAUCAUGCCCAUCAUGCUCAUCAUGUAGGUGAUGCCCAUCAUGCUCAUCAUGUAGGUGAUGUCCAUCAUGCUCAUCAUGUAGGUGAUGUCCAUCAUGCUCAUCAUGUAGCUGAUGCUCACCAUGCAGCCUUUGCUCACCAUGCAGCCUUUGCUCACCAUGCAGCCGAUGCUCAU